UAAUAUGGAAAGGAUUAUCAUGAUUCGGUUACAUUUUUGAGUAUCAUUAAGAAUAUUAAUCUGAAACGUAAACAACAUUACAUUGAAUCUGACAAUAUCAGAAUCACAACAACACCAAUAACAACGAAAAUUUAUUUGUUAAUUUCAAUUGGAAAAUUAUGAACAGUGAGAUUUAUGGUGGUGAAACAUUAUUAGGCUUGUUUAGUCCACCGACAGCUAAUCAGUUAUUACCGAAUUUAUUAUUAUCAACAUCAUCAUCAUCAACAACAAGUGAAUCACUGAAUUCAUCAAUUGAUAUUCAUAAAUUAACAAUGUCAUUGCAAUCUAAUUCUACACAAGGAAUUUCCAAUUUGCACAGAAAUAAUAACAAUAAUAAUCUUAAUGUUUUACAACCUUUACAACAACAACACCAACAACAACAACCACAAGGACAAAAUCAUCAUGAACAUCAAGGUUAUUUUUCAUUUCAAAACUCAUCCAUACCAGCGAGUACAGCUACAACACCUGUAACAGUGACAAUUCCAACAACAAUGAUAACAAAUGGUAUAACUCCACUAUCUAAUUCAUUAGGAUAUUAUUCACGAUUUCUUCAGUCGCAUAGCAAUUCUGUCUCUGGUACUGUUAAUGAUGAUGGUAGCAGUAGUUGUCCUGAUAAUAAUGAUAUAGAUGAAAAUAGAUUAGAUGUAAAACAGAAUAUUGAAAAAAUUAAAAGUCAUCCAUUAUUUCCUUUGCUUGCUCUGAUAUUUGAAAAAUGUGAAUUAGCCACCUGUAUACCAAGAGAUGAGAAUUCCAACAGUUCAGUUGAUGUUUGUUCAUCUGAUUCAUUUCAAGAAGAUAUAAGUAUGUUUACGAAAGAAAUGGCUUCUUCAAAUCGAUCAAUGUUUACUUCUGAUCAAGAGUUGAAUUUAUUAAUAAUUCAGGCGAUUCAUGUGCUUCGAUUUCAUCUAUUGGAAAUUGAAAAGGUUCAUGAAUUAUGUGAUAGUUUUUGUUCACGUUAUAUUACAUGUUUAAAAGGUAAAAUGCCAUUGGAUUUAGUAUGUGAAGAUAGAGAAUCUGCUGCUGAUUCAACAGGUUCAGCAACAAGUCCAUUUUUAAAUCGUUCAUCUACACCAAAUUUAUUUACUGAUCAAAAUGAAUCAUUAAUAAACAAUCAACAGAAUAAUUCUAAUUUAUACAAUAAUAAUAAUAACUCUAUACAACAUGGAUCUUUAUUACUUUCAAAUAAUCUUAUUCAAUCGUCCUCCUCCUCCUCAUCAUCAUCAUCAUCCUCGUCAUCAUCCAAUUCACUGACAUCAAAUUCAAUGCCUUAUCCGCAAGAGACUUGUUUAUUUAAUCAAGAUUCAUCCAAUCGAAUUAACAACGAUACAACUACUACUACUAAUAAUAAUAAUGCAUCAACUGUAGAAAAUUUUAAAACUAUUCUAUCCAAUGAAUUUGAACAUAAUCAAAUUGUAAAUGGUAAAAAUAUGCAUAUCAUUGCAGAUUCAUCUAAAUUAGCCUCUGGCUUAAAUGGUUCCAUGUCAUCAUCGUCUACAUCAUCAAUGGGUUCCACUUCACCGAAUGCACAAGCACCAUCGGUGAGUCGUAACCAAACAGCAUUGUGUGGAUUAUCGAGUGUCACAUCUAACGCAGUUAAUCCAACUUCAAUGAUUGCUGCAGCAGCUGCUUUAACUGGAAUUUCUACUGUAACCGAUUCAAGAGAAAGUAGUUCAAAUGAUUCGUAUUCUGAUUCACAAAUUAACUCUCAUUCAAGUUUAGCUGAAUUUUAUAUGAACCAAUCUAACUUUUAUGGUGCAAAUCCUCACGAUGGAAAUAACAUAUGUUCAACUACGAUUAACAAUACUAAUACUACUGCUACUACAGCCACUUCUAUGAGCAGUAGAAUUUACACAGAUGAUAUUGACAAUGAUGGUGUUGCAAUUAAUCAAGAUGCUGAUAAACCAAUAAAUUUCCAUACAAAUCUAUUUGAUCAUUCUCCUCAGUCAUUCUAUAGAAAUUCAUAUUAUAAUCAAUAUUUCUCACAAUAUAUACGAGAUAACAUUCCUUUGAAUAGUAUAUUACCAAAUAUGGAUGAUACUUUAAACUAUACAGAAUUAUCAAACAAUCAUAAUAAUAAUAUGAAUGGUAGUCAUAUAAAUCGAAAUUAUGACUAUUCUAAUCCUUAUGGAUUUUAUUCCAAUUUUUUCUUAAAUUCAAAUAACAUGAAUUCUAGUGAUACGAUCGGUGGUUGUUCUACAUCUUCAACCAAAAUGAUGAAUUCACCUAAUUCAUCACCCUACCAUCAACAUCAACAUCACCAUAAUCAGAAACAGCAACAUCAACACCAACAGAACAAUCAAUUGCGCAAUCAUUAUAAUUCAUUACUUAAUGAUGCAAUGAAUAAAGAUAAUUGUAAUUAUUCCAAUUCAUUAUAUUCAAGUCAAUCGAUACCGUCAUGUUUAUCAGAAACCAUGAAUUCUACAAUUCAUCCUCCUAAUCCCACUGAUCAUUAUAUUGAUAUUCCUGAUAAUGUACAGUCUCGUUCACAUGAAAUAGCUCAUCAGCAAUAUGAAACUAAUCCAUCUGACCAUAGUCCAAAUUCAAUACCAUAUUUACAACAUACACUACAAUCACAUUAUCCAAUGCUAUCGAACAGUGCUUCAAUUCCAAUGAGAUCAAAAUCACCAUCCGCAUUAUUAUCAACGCCAUCAUUACAAUAUAAUAAUAAUCUUUAUCCAUUACAAAAUUUUCCAUCUACUCAUACACAUUCAUCAUCAUUGCAUAAUUCACAGCAUACAGGAGGACAUCGUACUAAUUGUAUACCAUCUAGACCAACAUCAAGAAUAAGACACAGUAAAACAUCCUCUUUGAAUGGUUCCAUUCGUAGUGAUAGUUCAUUGAAUGAUGAUCUACAAACAGACAGAAUCGGACUUAAAUCAAAUGAACUAGGAAUAGAUGAAACUGGAUCACAAAAAGAUGUUAUGGACGAAUUAGACUCAGAAACUAGAAGUGAUUUAAAAAGACAGAAAAAACGUGGAAUAUUUCCAAAAGUUGCUACAAAUAUUAUGAGAGCAUGGCUUUUUCAACAUUUAACACAUCCAUAUCCCUCGGAAGAACAGAAAAAGCAAUUAGCUCAGGAUACAGGAUUAACUAUUUUGCAAGUAAAUAAUUGGUUCAUUAAUGCACGUCGAAGAAUUGUACAACCUAUGAUUGACCAAUCUAAUAGAGCAGGACCACAUGGUUAUUCAGUCAGUGAUAAUGUACCUCCAUGUUUAGACUAUAUGGAAGGUGGUCCACCAUAUUCGGCUUAUACCAGAGCAGCUCAAGCCGCGGCCGCUGCAGUAGCUGGAUUCUCAAAUCACCCUACAUCAAAUGAUGUUUAUUUGGCGGCUGCUGCAGCAGCUGCCGCAGCUUCUGUUGGUUUUGGCAAUGGUUCUAUGAUGAAUAAUCCAUCAAGUCAAGAUAAUUUAAUUCGAUUCUCCAAUGGAAAUCGUGGUGAUCAAUGUGUGGGUGAUAUUUCAUCAAAGACUAGUGGAAUAGAUUCUCUUGUUAUGCCAACCGAUUAUACACUUCCAGAUCGUGUUAGUAUUGUAAAUAAUAGUUUACCGCAUAGUUCAUUAUAUUCCGAUGAUAUGAAUGAAAUUCCCGCCAAUUUAUCUUCAUCAUCUAUGUGUAAUCUAUUUGCAAAUAAUCCAUUUAAUAAUUGUGGUCUAGACAGUACAACAAUAAAUAGUGCAUACAAUAACAGUAUCGGUAACCAUCAACAACAACAACAACAACAACAAAAUACUCGUUAUUCCACUGUGAUGCCAAAUUCUAAUCAUUUCGACACAUCAAAUGGAUAUGCAUCAAAUAAUCAUUCAUUUAGUAAUUACAAUUCCAAUAAUUUUGAUACAAUGUCUACUGUAACAACAAACUAUAAUACUGAUUUAAUGCCAUCUCAUUAUAAUACUAAACUAACAACCAUGUCAUAUUCACCAAAAAAUUAUCGUAUCAAUGAUACAGACAGUAAUAGUUUUGUUAACAGUGAAGAUAUUUUAACUUCUACUACUACAACUACUAAUACUACUGGAACGACUAAUUCAAUUAUUCCUAAUCAUAGAAUGUCAGAUAAUACAAUUUUAGGAAUAAAUACGGUUACAACACCGCCACCAUUAUCAGCACUAUCAUCAUCAAUGACAACGUGUAGAAAUAAUGAUUCGGUUGAAAAUGAAAACAAUAAUAUUCAUUUAACUUGUUUAGGUCUCAUUGGACCAACAAAAUAAAUAAAUAAAUAAAUGCGGAUCAUUUGAAAAAUAUUUCAAUUUUUUUUGUUUUUUUUUAAAAAAACUUCUUUCAUUUCUUCUUGAUAAAUGAAUCA